AUGUGGCAUCUAGUACGAUUUGAAGAUGACGGCAUUAUUUAUGUAUGCCCGCCUACAAGAAUUACCAUCUCUAAAAGCGAAACUUUGGUAAAAUGGCCACAAGAUGGGAAGUGGUACAAAGCUGACAUUCUCGCAACAGGUGAAAGAAAAAGAAUGAUUGAACUUAAAAGUACUACUAUUAAACCUGAAUUAAAUGAUUCUCAACAGGAUAUUAUUGAAUCAUCAAACAAAGAAGAAGUACAAAUAAUAUUAAAUAAAGCUGAAGUUCAACAGACAGAAGAUCGGAAAUUAGGAAAUACGCAUAAAACUGAGGAAUCGCAAAGCCUUUUACCAGACAGAUCAACAGACGUUCCUAGGACAUGGAGAAAAUUUUGUAACGCGCCACUUGGCGACAGUUUCUGCUUAUCUGAGAAAACAGUUUCUUCAGAUAACACAACUUGUAAUGACAUGUCAACUGAUAACCACAAUAACUCAGUCGUGCUAAAAGAACUUUCCACAGUUGAACAAACUAUUUGUCAAACAGUAGACACACAAAAUUUUCAAUUUACAAUCAAGGAUGAUAAUCAAAACGAUGAAGCUCCUCAGUUAUCACUUUCAACAGCAAAUCAUUACGAUAAUAGUUUAUUUAUUGGUGAGUUAAAAGGCAUACCAAUAGUUGAACAAGUUGAAAGUACUAUCGUAUCCUCAAAAGAUAGUCCCGAAAUUAUAAGCCCAACGAGUCAAUUGUCAGAUGUUUUGUUCAUCGAAAAACCAAAGUCGUUAACAGUAUUAACAAACGUAUAUUCUUCAGAACCCGAUGUAUAUGUAAACAGGUACAGUGAGCAAAUAAGCAAAUCCACAGAAGAAUAUUCUUUGAGAAAAUAUCUAAAGCGUAAACCCAAUGUCACUGACAGUGAAGGAGUUGGUUCAGACGAAGAAGUGUUUGCUGAAGAGGAUUCAGAAUAUGCACCAAGUGAUUCCGAUAAUUCCGAUAAUUUCGAUAUACUAAGACAAAUACGAAAGAAGAAAAAAGAAAACAGUUUCUUUAACGCUAAAAAUUUGCUUACAGAUGAAUCUGUGCAUGAAAAACCACACAGAAUAUCUGAAAAUAUAUCAAAAAAUGUUGAAAAUUCCUGCCACCUUUCUAUUGUGAAUCCUCAUGAAAUACAAACUUUUACGUCAUUAGAAACUGCUAAUAUUGACCAAGAACGCGUGUUUGAUAUGCCGAUACUUGCUAUAGCAGCUACCGAUAAUUCACAAAAAAGAAAGUGGAAUAAGAAUUUUUUUUGCAUAUUCUGUAAAAAACAAUUUGCGAAAUUACCUAGACAUUUCUAUAAUUGUCAUGCAGAUGAACUGGAAAUCGCAAAAAUACAGGCUCUUGAUAAAAAUUCAAUUGAACGCAAAAAAAUGCUUCAAUCUUUGCAAAACCAAGGCGCCUUUGUCAUGAAUAAGGAUACUAUAAUUAAAGGAGAAGGAACAAUUGUUCCUAAAAGGAGAAUAAAUCCGUCAGAUUUAAAAACGGCCACUGAUUAUUUACCAUGUUCAUAUUGUUAUCAAAUGUUCAGUAAAUCGUACUUGUCACGACACACGAAAAAAUGUAAUUUUGGGCAUAACUUACAGGGAGAAACCAGUACAUUUAAAAGUCGUGGUGUUCAAACUAUAAGCUCUUUAUUGUUACCUAUUGGACCAAACACAUCACAAAGAUUCAGAGACUGCAUUUUAUCAAAAAUGAAUACAGACGACAUUUUCGAAGCUGUCCGUAAAGAUCCGUUAAUUCUUUUAUUUGCCCAAACCGAAUUUAGACGCCUAGGCCAUGAAACUAGGUAUCAUAGAAAUAUUAUAGACAGAAGUCGUGAAUUAGGGCGCCUACUUUUGGCAGUAAAAGAAAUUGACCCAAAAUUACAAAAGCUGUCACAAUUAUUAAAUCCAUCCGGCUACAAAACUUUUAGAGAAGCUGUUUGUAAGAUUGCAGGUUAUAAUGAUGUAACCAAUGCUUUCCAAGUUCCAUCUUUAGCAUUAAAAAUUGGAUUUACAAUUAAAAAAUGUGUUUCGAUACUCAAGGGCGAUUACCUAGAAGAUGAAACUUUAAGGUCAACAAUACCAAUAUUGGAUGCCUUCGUGGAAGUUUUAGAGUCUAAAUGGACCGUUGAUGUUACUUGUCAUGCACAACGUACUCUAUCAGAACGUAAGUGGAAUAAAGCUAAACGCGUUCCACUAACAAAGGACAUUCAAAUUUUACACAAGUACUUGUCAAGUCAAAGUAAAAAAUUAUUGGAUAUAUUAAGUCUUAAAUCGGAUAUAACGGCAUUUAGAGAACUUACAGAACUAUCAUUAGCGAUGAUUAUUAUUUUGAACCGUAGAAGAGUAGGAGAAGUUCAGUAUAUGACAAAAGAAGAUUAUUUAAAGGCAAAAGCUGGUGACCCUGAAUCAGAUACCUUUAAAAUUCUAAGUGACACAGAAAGAAAGUUGGCUGAAUCGUUAACAAGAAUAGUAAUCAAAGGAAAAAGAGGUCGUGGUGUACCAGUCCUUCUUACUGAAGAAAUAAAACAUCAGAUUGACGUACUAAAUAAUAUGAGAGAAACCUGCGGUGUCGACUUAUUAAAUCCAUAUCUAUUUCCGUCUUUACGCCAUACAUGUGGCUAUUAUAGAGCCUAUAACCUAUUAAGCAAGUUUGCCCAGGUAGCAGGAUGCGCUCAUCCCGAAACAAUAACGUCCACGAAAUUAAGAAAGCAUGUUGCAACUGCUGUUCAACUGUUAAAUUUAAAAGAAAAUGAAUUAGAUUCUUUAGCGACGUUCAUGGGCCAUGACAUAAGAGUCCAUAGGUAG